ACUGGACAACUCUUCCACCUCCACUGGCAAAACCCUAAAACGCUAAUCAUCGCAAUUUCACUAUCUCCCAAGUUCAAAGCCAAAGCCACAUGGGUAUGGCUUCUGGAUGUAACGUUUCGAAGAAGAAGAUAUCUGGGUUCUCUUCAUAUUUGCUUCAAACAUUGAAAAACCCACCUGGGUUUAGCUCGAAGUAUCCUCCAUUAUCGGGCUUGAACUCAAAAAGACAUAUUUUUUGGGCUUCCACACAUGAAUUUCCGCAGAAUAUUUAUGGGUUUUCUUCAUAUGUGAUUCAAACAAUGGAAAGCCCACUCGGGUGUCAUAAAGAUUUCGUAUCACAGUCUCGAAAUUUCUCAAGUUCGAAUUCGAACAAGGUGGUCUUGUGUUCCGGGUAUGGUUUUUUGGGGAAGAACAUGACUAGGUUCUCUUCAGUUAUGAUGGAAACCUCGAUAAACCCAUCUGGGUUUCAUCAAGUUUCAGGCAAUUCCAGGUGGGUUAGGCAGUUUGGUUCUCAGGCGGCCGCAGAAGCCUCGACCUCAGAUGGCCUUACGGUGGAAGGAAUAAUUGCUAAUCAGUGGCCAAUUCUUGAUGAAAGUGAAAGCGAUUGGAAGAGUCAUGCUGCUGCAAUUGCUCUGUCCAUUCAUCUGAUCAAGAAGCGCCUACAGUGGAAGAAAUUGGUGGUUAGGUUGGACGUAUUAUCUGCUCAGUUGAAUAAGCCAGACUUAUGGGACAACCCUGUUCAUGCUGGGAAGAUAAGCCGAGAGCAUGGUAUGCUCAUGGGUAAAAUGAAGGGGGUGAAGAAUUUGGAGCAAGAGCUGCUUGAGCAUAUUGACAUGGUAAAGCUCGCCCGAGAAGAGAAUGAUCCAGAGUUGGAAUCGGAAUCCUUGAAAGCUUUGCUUGGAAUGAGAAGAAAUUCGAAGGAGAAAGAACUUGAAGCUUUGUUAGCCGGGGAUCAUGAUUCUUGCUCUUGUUACAUUGAGGUUCAAGCUGGUGCUGGGGGUACAGAGAGCAUGGACUGGGCUGCAAUGGUCAUGCAGAUGUAUAAAAUGUGGGCUCAGCGCCGUGGAUAUGGAGUCACUGUAGUGGAUGAAAUGCCUGGUGAGAUUGCAGGAAUCAAGCGAGCAACAAUAAAAGUAGAUGGUGAAUAUUCAUUUGGGUAUGCCAAAGCAGAAGUAGGAGUGCACAGGUUGGUACGUAUCUCACCAUUUGACAGUGGAAAGCGUCGGCAUACUUCAUUUGCUGCUGUGGCUGUGAUUCCGAUUCUGGGUGAUGCAUCUUCUCAUGUUCAAAUUAAUGAAUCUGAUCUUCGUAUUGAGCGGUUUCGUGCUGGGGGAGCUGGUGGCCAGCAUGUUAACACUACUGAGAGUGCUGUGAGAAUCGUUCACAUUCCUACAGGAGUCACUGCUACUUGUCAAAAUGAAAGAUCACAACACCAGAACAAGGCUUCAGCCAUGGCUGUGCUUCAGUCCCGACUCGACCAGCUUGAGAUCUCUCGCCAGGCUCAGAUCAAUGCUCAGCAUACCCAGUCUCUCACCGACAUCAGUUGGGGCAACCAGAUACGAACCUAUGUCCUCCAUCCUUAUCGGAUGGUCAAGGAUCUUAGAACCAAUUAUGAGGUUUCAGACCCUGAUUCGGUCCUGGAGGGGGAUCUUGACGGCUUCAUCCUGAGCUAUUUGUCGGCUUCCUUGGACAAGGAUGAGGGUGAAGGUGGCAUUUAAAAAUAUUUGCAGAACUCUGCAUACCUGCUGGAAUUCUGAAAGCUCAGCCCCAUGUUCAGGCAUCCAAGGUAUGAUCUGGGUUGAUGCCCUUGUUCUAAGCUUCAGCUGCAAUAUCCGGCAUCUGCACAGGAUGAUCAUCAAGGGAUGGUAUAGUUGGAGUUGGAGAGAACACCGGGAUUUGUAUGGUGGGGUGAAAGGGUUUUUCUUCACAAUGGAUAUGUAUUCUUUUGAUGUCAAGUUUGGUUACUAACUGCUGCUGCAAUAAAUUCAUCUAGCAAUUAGAUUCACGGUUCUUCA